GAUUCGAUCCGGCCGCGCAGCAAUCCGAGGAUCUCGGGGAAUACGUAGGUAAACCUACCUUUACAUGUCCGAAGUGUGGAAAGGGCUAUGCGUGGAAGGCGAGCCUUCAGCGUCACCUGAGCACCGUAUGUGGCACACCACCCAUGAUUUUCUGCAAUCUCUGCGGGUACAAGACCAGUCGUAAGGACGUUCUCUUCAGGCAUAUGCGGCACGUGCAUCCGAGAUCACAGUAGCGCAACAACAAAGAGGAAGGCGUUUCGCGCCGGUCGAAACCAUCCCAAUCUACUAUGGAUGAUCCAUAUCAACUUCAAAGCACACUGAGAGAAAGGAUUUUGUUAA